CUAACUUCACCUGGACACACCUGAACUUCCACUAGUUUCACUUCAUUAAACGAGGAAAACAAUCCUGAAAAACAACAUUCUGCGCUGAUAUCUGAGUGAGUACAUUAGAAAGUUUGACCAUAAUACUUAACGUGCCAAACGCCCCAUAAUCCGUGUAGGUUGCACGUGUUUUGGUGUUUGGAGUGUUUUUGAUAUAUCACAUUGCUUUAGACUUAUUUCGGCCUGGUUUAGCAAUCGCCUUCAUACCUAAAUUACACGUGAAGAUCAGAUGUACCUAUAGCGAUUUUACAGACUACUUUAAGAGAACAGACUGUUGCCAGCUUCUCCACUUCUUUCAUUGCCAAAAUGUCUGUCUCCAGGCCCAGGAACAAUGGACAAGGGCCCUCCUGGACCAGCAGCAGAGCCCCAAACCCCUGAAAGGGUAUCAGAUGUUGCCAAGAGAACAAAAGACAUGAGCAGCACUGAUCGGUUGGAGGAGGGCCUGAUCAGGUCUGCAUAUAUGGAACCCAGUACCCUACAGUGGCCUGAGAAUAAACUUGAACCACAGAUUCUGGCAGGCAAGGAUGGAGAGAGCACAAGUGUAAGAUCCGAUUGUAUCACAUUCCGUGGUAGAUUGAGCCGGACGGAGAGCGAGAGGGAGGAGUUUGGGAUGAGAGUGAAAAGGAAGUUGGGUGAGGAUUUGAUGAAGCCUGGGAAAGAGAGACUUGAGGUGGCAGAGUUGAACGUUAUGCCAGAGAAUGCUGCAAGAGUUUUUAGCCCCAACAUCACCAUUCUGCACUCCACCAGCCAGACAGAGUUUACUCAAGAGACUGUAGGCGACUGGAGAGAUGGCAAAGAAGAGAAAAGCUCUUUUCUGGUGGCGCAAGGGACACAUGGAACACCGCUUGAAGACUAUGACCAUGACUGGAUAAUUCAAAGCAAACCACGCUGCUGUUGCUGUGGUGAAACUAAUCGUGAUGCCCUUAAACUCAGUGCAUCCAUGUUCACUUCGGCCUUGAUCUUCCCAUUGUUGGUGUGGGGUGGAUAUGUCUUCCUGCCCUUUGAUGCCCCUCUGCUUGACACUGCCCCCUUAAGGCUGGUCUACACAUUGCGCUGCUCUGUUUUUGGCGUUAUACCCAUUGUGCUCGGUAUGUUGGUACUAGGAGUGUCCCGUUUGAGGUAUCGCUCACUGAGGCCGCGAUUUGAGGAGGAGAGGGAAGUUAAGCAUGUGACUGUCCACCAGCACUAUGUAGAGGAUUCCCUCCGUCUCUUUCUCCUUUACUUCCUUCAGCUGGCUGUGAUGGCUGCUUAUCUGACUCAGGAUUGGCUUAAACUAGUUCCUCUACUGACCAUCGUCUUUGCUCUUGGCAGGCUGUUGUAUUGGAUUGCAGCAGCAUGUGACAGCAGUGUGAGAGGUGUUGGCUUUGGAUUCUCGUUUCUGCCGAUGCUGGUUAUGCUGGUGGCCAACAUCUACUUCAUCUUCAUCUCCGAUUCCGCAGGUUCUAUCUUCGCUCCGGACAUCCCAGAUUCAGAAACAUCUGUUCCUUCAGUCAAGCAGAGGUUCUGGGGCUAGACAGGCCGCAUCUGAAGCCUCUUCAACUGCCAAAUGUUGACCAGAUCUGUUUAGGCUUGGAGACAUCUUAAAUUUGAACUGGAAUGUAAGACUUUUGUCUAAUAAGGUUUAAUCCAACUGUGAUUUCAUUUCCUCUCCUUCCUUUUCUGAGUACUUCGAUAUCACGGCCAGGAGUUAAAACUUACUGAACUCCGGUCAAACUGCCAAGGAGAAGAGAGGAAUCAAGGGAUGGGGAUUAAUGGAAUAGUUUACCCCAAAAUGAAAAUUCUAAUAAUUUUCUAUACCCUCAUGCCAUCCCAGAUUUGUAAGACUUGUUUUGUUUCUUCUGCUGAACAAACAAGAUGCAAGUGAAUGGUGGCCAGAACUUUGAUGGUACAAAAAGCACAAAGGCAGCAUAAAAGUAAUCCAUAUGACUUCAGAAGUGAUGUGGUAGGUGUAGAUGAGAAACAGAUCAAUAUUUAAGUCCUUUUGUACUAUAAAUUCUCCUCCCUAGCCAGUAGGUGGCGAUAUGCACGAAGAAUGUCAAUCACCAAAAACCCAAGAUGAAGAACUCCAUGGGGACAAGAUGGCGCUUAGGAGGGUUGGUGAAAGUGGACAUUUAUUAUAAAAAAGGACUUAAAUAUUGAUCACUUUUUCACCCACACCUAUCAUAUCGCUUCUGAAGACAUGGAUUUAACCACCAGAGUUGUAUGGAUUACUUUUAUGCUGCCUUUGUGCUUUUUUUGAGCUUCAAAGCUCUGGCCUCCAUUCACUUGCAUUGUGAGGAUCAACAGAGCAGAGAUAUUCUUCAAAAAAAUCUGUGUUCAAAUGAAGAAAGAAAGUCUUACACAUCUGGGAUGGUAUGAGGAGGAGUAAAUGAUGAGCAUAUUUUCAUUUUUGGGUGAACUAUUCCUUUAAAUAAAGGGCAGGGAGAGGAGACUUCUUUCAGAGCAAACUUCUAAAUGGAAGUUGUGUAGUGAAACUUAGUUUAGACACUGUAAAUGAACUGCAUUAAAUGUACCCUGUAGUGAAGCCAAACAUAAAGCAGAUGCAGUAUAAGCUUCUAAAUAACAAGAGCUCCAUAUAGAGUGGUUUCAACUAUUUAAAUAUGUAUGUAGAAUGUAAUAAGACAGAGAAAUUCAUAGUAUGUAUAUAUGAAUUUGGUCUUAAAGCAUUGCUUGUUAAUUCAAAACUUGUAAAGAAUUGUGAGAUUUGUAAAGCUUGUGGUUUGUCUGAGCUUGUCAUUUUUCAAAGGAUGCUUCCUGUUUUGUACUUUAAGGCAGUGUGCUGUUAUUUACAGUGUGAAAAAUGUAGAAAUACCAUUUACAAAUCUAUUAAAAGUUUAUGCAGAUUUAUAACUAUCUCCAAGAGGAGCUUGUAAACUAAAAUAUUUAUUAAUGGCUGCAAAUAUAAGAUAUAGUAGAAAUAUGUAUAGUAGUGCUGGAAAUAAUUCCUGUAUUUGUUCA